UCUUUCGACCUUUCUUUUCGUCUAAUGUGUUAAAUGAGAACCCCGGAAGCACAGAGUUUGUUUUCAUCGGAUAAUUUUAAAAUGAAGUCGUCGGAAGAUUCAAAAUGAAGAUCCUGAUCUAUCUGUGUUUUUUAAUAUUGUGUUUUUACGGCAUUGCUGCAGUGACUCACUCCCUGAAAUAUUUCUACACCGCUUCCUCUCAAGUCCCAAACUUCCCAGAGUUUGUGGCUGUCGGUUUGGUUGAUGAUGUUCAGAUUGAUUAUUAUGACAGCGACAUCAAAAGGGUGGUGCCUAAACAGGACUUUAUGAAGGAGGCUGUGGAUCAACAGUACUGGGAGAGGAACACUCAAGCCCGUCUGCGUGCACAGCAGAACUUCAAAGUCAACAUUGAAAUAGCAAAACAGCGCUUCAACCAAACUGGAGGUGUUCACGUGGUUCAAAUGAUGUCCGGAUGUGACUGGGAUGAAGAGACUGGAGAGGUCAAAGGUUAUGACCAGUAUGGUUAUAAUGGAGAAAACUUCAUUGCUCUUGACCCCAAGGAAGAAUUAUGGGUUGCUGCAAAACAGCAGGCUAUCAUCACUAAACACAAGUUGAACCAUAACAAAGCUGAAUGGGCAUACAGAACACACUACUUUACUCAGAUUUGUCCUGAGUGGCUAAAGAAAUAUGUGAAUUCUGGAAAGACUUCUCUGAUGAGAACAGAGUCUCCAUCAGUGUCUCUCCUCCAGAAGUCCUCCUCCUCUCCAAUCAGCUGUCAUGCUACAGGUUUCUAUCCUAAUAGAGCUGAACUGCUGUGGAGGAAAGAUGGAGAGGAGAUCCAUGAAGGAGUGGAGAAAGGACAGAUCCUCCCCAACAAUGAUGGAACUUUCCAGAUGAGCGUUGAUCUCCAACUUCCACCAGAAGAAGAAAUGCAGAGAUAUGAAUGUGUGUUUCAGCUCUCUGGAGUCAAAGAUCAAAUCACUAAACUGGAGAAAACAAAGAUCAAGAACAAUAACGAGUCCUCUGGUCAGAUACUGGGCAUUGUUGGUGUCGUUGCUGCUGUUAUCCUUGUUGUUCUCGCUGUGUCUGAAUUCAUUCUUUACAAGAAGAGGAACGCUAAACGUCCACCAUCCCCUGUAGAAAACAGAGAGGUCCAGCAGGUGAUGCUUCCAGAACAAAAUGCCUAAGAGAUGAACUCUCCUAUGAACAGUUUUGAAUCAAAUCUGCAACAAAUUAAGAAGCAAAAAACUUACUUUUUUUCUCUGUAAAUACUUUCUGAAACAUCUGUGAAAGCUGAGAAAUUAUAAGAUCUCACUCAUAAAAAAAAUCUGCAGUCUUUGUAAACAUUACUGUAAUCUACUCAUCUAAAAGACGUGUACUUUAUUACAUGGAUUCAUUGGAGGCUUAAAAUAUAUGAACUGCAGACAAGACUGCUGAUAAACUAAGCUGGAUCCAGUUCUUCUCAGUUGAAAUAAUUAAAUAUAUUUGAGUUGUAUUCAUUCAAAAACAGUGUUCUUAACAUUUAAGUGUACUAUGAUUAAAAUACGUUUAUUUUUCUACAUCUGCUAAAUCAAAGUUGUAUGUUCUGUAACAGGUACUUGUUUCUGCUAUAAGUCUGUUUUCAAAGAAACUCAAGCUUAAUGGUUUUGAUUAUUGUCCAUCAUUUUUUUGUACUUUCAUUAAUUUCCUUUUAUUUUUUGUGAAAACAAGGGUCUUAUUAUGUUUAGACAGCACACAUUUAUACAUUGGUAUGUAAUCCCUCUGUGCUUGAAAAUAAAUGUCUAGUCUUUCUUUGUAACCAUUUUCCUAAAUAAAAUGUAUUUUAAUCCUA